AAUAUCUAAUCAUAAAAUCUUAUUUUAUUUUAUAUUUUUUUCGUGGUGAGUAUUUUUUUCUUCUCUUUCUAGUGUGUCUCGCUCUCACACCAUUCAAAUUGAUACGUUCUUCGUUUUCGAAUGCUUAUUGGGCCACUAAAACUGAUGUUCCCUCCAAUCACAUUGAAUAUCAGUAAAGACAUUUGUACGUGACAAAAGACCAGUAGCAUCUAGGAUUUGGACAUUUGAGGAUGUGGAAAUUUAUUUUGUUUCCUAACAAAUGCAUUUUUCGUUAAUUUACAACCAUUUUUCAUGGCAAAAAUUAAACACAGGUCAAAAUUAAAACGACUUGUCAGCCACGCAGUUCCCCAACAAAAGACCGUUAAACUGAAGUAAAACUUUCUUAUAAAAGAUGUGAUAUUUGCCAACAGUAGAAUCAACAACCAAACUUUAAAAAUUACAGCGAAAAUGGCAGGAAAGUUGGCACUUUCACAAGCAUUAUUCCUUGGUUCAGUAAUUCUUGCUCUGUUGACUAGAAUUAAUGCUGGUGACAUUGCCAUCUAUUGGGGUCAGAAUGGGAUGGAGGGAACUCUAGAAGAAACUUGUGCAACUGGUGAUUAUGACUUUGUUAACAUAGCUUUUCUUCCAACCUUUGGUAAUGGCCAGACACCAGUAAUCAAUCUCGCUGGCCACUGUGAUCCAUACACAAAUGGUUGCACUGGCUUAAGCUCUGACAUUAAAUCUUGUCAAGCAAAAGGGGUCAAGGUAUUGCUGUCUAUUGGAGGAGGUGCAGGGAGCUAUUACCUUACCUCUUCUGAGGAUGCUAGACAAGUUGCAACUUAUCUUUGGAACAAUUUCUUAGGAGGAACUUCAUCAUCUCGACCACUCGGGGAUGCUGUUUUGGACGGAAUUGAUUUCGAUAUUGAAGGAGGAACAAACCUACACUGGGAUGAUCUUGCUAGAUACCUAUCUGGUUACAGCAAAAAGGGCAAGAAAGUAUACCUAGCUGCUGCUCCUCAAUGCCCUUUUCCUGAUGCAUGGGUUGGUGGUGCUCUUAAGACAGGCCUAUUUGACUAUGUUUGGGUUCAGUUUUACAACAAUGCUCCUUGCCAGUAUUCUGGAGACAUAAACAAUCUUGAAAAUGCUUGGAAACAGUGGACUUCAGAUAUUCCUGCAACCAAGAUUUUCCUAGGACUACCUGCAGCCCCCGCAGCCGCUGGGAGCGGCUUUAUACCUGUGGCUGACCUUACUUCUAAGGUUCUACCAGCUAUUAAGGGUUCAUCUAAGUAUGGAGGAGUUAUGCUAUGGUCUAAGUACUAUGAUGAUCAAACUGGAUAUAGUAAAUCCAUAAAAAGCCAUGUCUAAUAGUCUAAAUUACUCUCCCACUGCUAUGGGAGUAUGUAUUUGUUAUACAUGUAUAUGACUAUAAUGUAUAAAUAUUUGCAGAAUUAUGAGCUAUUCAUACAUAUUACAUAUCAGAAAUUGUCUUUCAUCUAAUUUUCUGAAAAUCUAUUAAGACUAUUUUCACAUCCUCUGUUUCAAUGCACACAUGAAGAUAAUGUUAGCAUAUAUUAGUAGAGCAUAUAAAUAUAUGUAUAUGUAUGUGAUUUGAGAAUUACAAACAGCAACAAAAAAGGAAGUAAUCCCAAGAUAAUAUCUAUAAACUAUUUUCCAUCUCAUUGAUCAGCGCUCUCAACAUAUAUAUCAAAGCAAAGAAAAGAACUAAAACAGCAACAUGUAGAAAUGAAAUCAGUUCUAGCGAAAAGAUUUCAAACUUGAUAGGUAUAUAUGAAUAAAAAAUGAUAACGUGCUCAAAACCACUAACAAUAGACCGUCACCAUUUUAAGUUCUCAACUUAUUACUUGAAAAAUAAUGAUCAAAUGCGAAGGGGGAAAAAAGGGAGCUAAAAGAAGAGCCUCCAAAAUCUGACUCUUCAGCCAUGAGUAUUAACAGCUUCCCAGACCAAGUUCUUGGGGAUAGGGUUGGUGAGAUCUCGUGCUUGAAGGGCAGCAGUCCUGAGAGUUUUAAGGGUGGAAACAUUGGCGUCCCAGAAUGAUAAGCUCCUGUAAGGUAAAUUGUGCUUCUUGCAAAGGUCAACAACAAUAGGAGAAAUGUUCCUCAAUUGGCAACGAGGCAUGCGUGGGAACAAAUGAUGCUCAAGCUGAAACUGCAGCCCUCCAUAGAACCAAUCCAUCCAAGGUGAGCAUGAAAUAUCUAUAGUCCCAGCAGCCUGCUUCUCAAACCAAUCAUUCCCACCAGGGUGACCGAGAUAAACAUCUGCUGAGAAAUGGUUCAAAGUGAAUUGAACAUGUUGAACUGAUGUGACUGCAAAGCUCAAGAGCACAAACAUCGUCCUCUCUGUCCAGGUGGGCAAACAUGAAACAAGGAGAGGGAACCAAGUCCAGAACACAAGGGUUCCCAUUAUGUUCAAAGCUCUAUUUGGGAUAGGUCUUUUUGACAAGAGCAACAAUAGUGUCUGUACAAACAAGUUAACCCUGGCAACACACAUAACUGGAUAAUAUGUCCAAUGUUGGUAACUGAUCAUGAACCUAGACAAUGAAUCGAAUGUCAACUCCCUUCCAUAAAAGCGUGAAGUAAUGGACUUGAAGAAUUUAGAAGACACUGCAAAGACGGGAAUGUGUUGAAGAUCUGGAUCAUAAUCAAGGCUGUUGCAAGCAAUAUGAUGGGCAUUAUGAGUCCAUUUCCACCAAGCAAUGCUAAUCCCAGUAAGACAAUUCCCAGCCAAAAGCUGAGCAAAUUUGUUAUAUCCAGGGCUUAACAUGACCUGAUAAUGCCCAGAAUCAUGCCCAACAUAAGCGCUUUGAAUCCAAAGCAUCCCCAAUACGACAGCACAACCCAUAUGGACUAAAAUGCUCUCAGAUUUCACAACACCAUAAACAACCAUGGAAAGCAUUAUAGCAACACAUGUGAGAGUGUAGAAAAUCCCAUGACCUUUCUUUUCAAACAACCCCAGUUUGGUAAACUCGUUUGAAAUUCUCCUAUAAUCCUUGGAAAUCUCUGAGACCACGAAAUCUUUGACAUAAUAACCGGUGAAAAACUGAUCAAGAUGCUUCCACGCAGUACCGGGAUGGUAUGCAAUAAAAGCAUCAGUAACAUCUCUGCCAGCGAAACUUAGUAGAGGCGCAUCCCCACCAGGGUGAUCCUUAAGCCAUUCUGAUACAUUAUAAACCUUACCCUGAAUAGAGAUCCACAGAUCCCCUGCCUUGUUGUGCUCCUUCAGUUCCUCAGUGGUAAUGUACUUCUUCUCCGCUUCCAUUCUGGGUAAAGAAAAAGAAAAAACACAGUAAUCCCAGACAGAUAUUCAGAAUGAGAACCAACCAGAAAGAGAGAGAUCCCACAAAGUGAUAAGAAAGUGAAAAGAAAAAAAAAAUGACCUCAAACUAAGAAACCCUUUUGAGAAGAAUAAAUAAAAAUUUAUACUUUCUCUAUUGUUUAUGGGGUAUGGUUUUUUUUCUUCUCUUUUUUUUUUCGUUAGAAAAACAACCCCAUUAACAAUAAGGUGUUUUCUUCUAUGACUUGGGUCUUUGUAUCUUUUUUCCCCUUUCAAAUUCU